UAUUUUUAUAUUUGUAGUCUUUAAAAUGUAAUGUUGUCAAAAAUGAAGCCGACCUAUAAAAAGAACUGUUUUUGUAGUUUGCUUUUUAUUGCUUCUCUAACAAAUGUAAUGAUGCAAUACUCUUACCCUACUCGUAAGUCAUCAAAACAUUCUUUCACUGUUUAUAAAAAUAGAAAAAUAGACGGCAAUUCAAACAUCAUUGAAACUCAUUCAGAUUACAAGGAAUGUAUUAAUUCUUGUUAUAUCAAAAAAGAGAAAUGCAAAUCAAUAGACGUCAAAAUUGAGGAUAAGAAUACAUUAACUUGUCGAUUUUUUGAAGAUGAUUAUCCAAAAACAAAGCCAGCAGAUGGAUUUCUUAAUAUUUUAACAAAACCGCCGAAUUGUUCUCUCAGUUGCAGUGUAGCAAUGAACCCAUGUGGGAAAUGUGACUGCAAACCAUCUUGUGCUGCUAGAAAUCAACGUCAGCAAGCAUGUAACUGUGUAAACGCAGCAGGAGUAGCCAAGAGUUGCCAGGAACAUUACAAUAAUGGUUUUAAUAAAACUGGAGUUUAUCAAAUCAGUCCUAAUGGUUCAAAAUUUGAGGUUCUAUGUGAUAUGGAAAAAAUUGAACAACAAAAUCCUAAAGUAACAAACCCAAUUUGCUAUGCAUUACCAUUAAAUCUACAGUUAUCGUUUAAUAAUUCAGUAUCGUAUUGUGUUAUAACAUGUGCAAGAUAUCAUUGGGUUAAUAUUAUGUUUUUUUCUAAACAUUAUGAAUGCUUCUGCGGACGAUAUUUAGGAAAUAGUAACAAUUACAUUGAUCCUGACUUAGAACCUUCUAGUACUCGAUCAGAUUACUGUUUUAUUGACAAAUCUUCGAAAAACUGCACAUUAUCAAAAGUAAGUUCUUGGGAUACCAUUUACUAUAAUGGUUAUAUUAGCGUUGGCAGUAUUAUAUGGAACUCAUGUGUAAGAUUUUGUGUAGAUUAUCAGGAAAAAAAUCCAACUCAGAAUGGGUAUGUUGCAAGUGCAAUAGUUGAUGUUUAUGGAGACUGUCAAUGUCUGUAUGGGUUUAGUGGUCAAACAACAUCUUUUAAAUUAGGUUGUUCUUUUUUUGAGACAUUACCACCAACUGCACUUCCAAAUGUAAAAGUCAAUGAGCGUGUAUUAACCAGAGACAAUUUGCUUGCAACAUUGACAUAUUUAGAUAAGACAUAUUCUGUUUCUUUCAUGCUUAAUCUUAGAUCAAAAUCAGCAUAUCAAAAAAAUGUUAUUCAUUUAACCAUUUGGAACAAUUAUGGGCAAUAUGGUGAAAGAAUUGCUUCUAUAUGGGAAUCAUCAGGACAGUUGCAAAUUUGUUCUGCAGUUAAUGGAGAUAUCAAUUAUUGGAAAAACACGGAUCCACUUCCACUGAAUGUGUGGUCAAGUAUAAAAGUUUUACAAAUCAUACAAAAUGGUGUAUAUAAAUAUAAAGUAUAUAUCAAUGAAAGUGUUAUUCAUAGCACUACAAAUACAAACCCCCAAACUUUUUCAAACAUUUAUGUUUAUGCUGCAAAUCCUUGGCAUGAGACAUCGGAUGGUUCCAUUAAAGAUCUCAAAAUUGUAAAUGUAAAUGAUAAUUUCAGUGAUAAAUGUGCAGAUGAUUGGAUAUAUAAUGAAAAUUAUUGUUACUUUUUCAACAGUAUAACUAAAAAAAAUUGGCAAGAUUCUUAUUCAUUAUGCCUUAAUUACGGAGGUAACUUGUUAAGUGUAGCCAAUGAAGAAGAAAAUUUGUUUAUUAAAAAUCAGCUUCAAGAUGACACAAUUAAAAACCAAAAUUUCUGGAUAGGUCUAAAUGAUCAGAGAAAUGAAAAUACAUUUGAGUGGUCAGAUAGUACACCUACACUAAUUUAUAAUUGGAUACCGAAUGAGCCCAACAAUGAUAAAGGAAAUGAAGACUGUGUGAUAGCAAAUUCAGUUGGUUGGUAUGAUAUUCCUUGUGAUUCACAAUUUGGUUUCAUAUGUAAAACUAAAUCAGAAACUGCAGACCCUGUUGAGCAUAAGUUGAUCAAAGGUUACUUAAAUGCAACACUACCCUUAUUAGAAAAAACCUAUUCAGUUUCUUUUAAAUUAAAACCCAGUACAUAUUCAAAAGGAUGGAAAAGUGUUAUUCAUUUAACAAUUGGAGAAGAUUACGGUCGAUAUGGUGAUAGAUGCCCAGCUGUAUGGUUUCAUAGUGAUGGCUCAGGGAGUUUAUAUAUUUCUGCAGUUGUCAAUGGAAAUAAAGAUUAUACUUUUACAACCCAGCCUCUGCCGCUGAAUCAGUGGUCAAGUUUACAAAUAUCACAGUUUCAAACAAAUGGAGUUUAUAUGUAUACAAUAUAUUUAAAUGAGUUACUAGUUCACAGCAUUAUAAAUAAAGAGCCACAAUCUUUUUCAAAUGUUAAAGUCUAUACUGCAGAUCCAUGGUAUAUUGCACAAGAUGGUUUUAUUAAAGAUCUCAAAAUUAUAACUGGAUUUAGUGGGGUUUGGAUUCCAAUGAUGACUCGCUUUGCCAGUUGGGAAUCAAGUUUUUGGAGUAAAAGCUACGAUGCUUACGAAAACGGUUUUGGCUUGUUUAAUCAACAGUGGAUUGGUUUAAAAAAGAUUUAUCAAAUAACCAACACAUUUUUUACUGAUAUGAGAGUUGAUUACGUUUUUGAAGAAAGUAUAACAUUAAGUACGAUGUAUUAUAACGUAAUAAUUGGCUCAAGUGAAGAUAACUAUGUGUUUAAUUAUGAAAAGUACGACCCAAGAGGCUCAUUUGAACCAGAUCGAUUUAACGCAAAUGGCACGACAUUUAAAAGUUGUAGUAUGUGGUGGACGACUAGUUGCGAUAUACGUGCGUUUCCAACUUCGUUAUAUAAUAUAUCAUAUGGAUCAACUGAAAAUUUGGUUGCCAUAUAUUUCUCUUUACGUACAAAUGAAAUCAAAGAAAAUCCUGUUAAAUGAAAAGGAAGUUUAUUAUUAUUAUUAUU